CGCGGACAGUCGCAGCCAGUGUGGCAGCUGAGAAUGUGAGGGCUCCUGCUCACACCGCUAUUUUCAGGACCGGGGACGGCGACAGUCUGCCUAUACCCACAAGUCGGCUCCAGCAAGCUUUCUGGCGCUCUGUCAAGUCCAAACAGGAGCGGUGGGAUUUUCUGUCCGGGGGUGUCGGUGCUCCUCGGACGCAUCUCGGAUGGUCAAGCCGCUGCUGGUGGCUCAGCGCGGGGCUGCGUGCUAGAAGGAACCAUCCCGGAGCAGCGGGCUGUGGUGCGGUCCGCUGACACCGCGCUCCCCUCCCUCAGGCCCGGCGGGUCCCGGUUUGAAAAUGCAGUGAAGUGUCACCCGGACGAGUCACUGCGAUCCCGAAUGCUCCCCCCGGUGUAAAUGUGCCAGUUUCGCCGCGACCGAACCAAACGCGACGAUGGAGUGAAAUCCGCGGCGGGGGCGAGCGACACACAACCUGCCGCGAUUUCCUGCAUGUAAACAAAUAAAUGAUAGAGGAUACGAUGACCCUGCUGUCUCUGUUAGGUCGGAUCAUGCGUUAUUUUCUGCUCAGACCGGAGACUCUGUUCCUGCUGUGCAUCAGCCUGGCCCUCUGGAGUUACUUCUUCCACACGGACGAAGUGAAGACGAUCGUCAAGUCCAGCCGGGAUGCGGUCAAGAUGGUCAAGGGGAAGGUGGCCGAGAUGAUGCAGAACGAGCGGUUCGGCGGGCUGGACGUCCUGGACGCGGAGUUCUCCAAGACCUGGGAGUUCAAGAGCAACAAUGUGGCCGUGUACUCCAUCCAGGGCCGGCGAGAGCACAUGGAGGACCGGUUCGAGGUGCUCACCGACAUCGUCAACAAGACUCACCCCUCUAUUUUUGGGAUUUUUGACGGCCACGGAGGAGAGGCUGCUGCUGACUUUGCGAAGGCCCACCUGCCGGAGGCUCUGCGCCAGCAGCUCCUGGCCUACGAGCGGGAGAAAGAGCGAGACCGAGAGAAAGACAAGCAGAAAGACGAGAAAAAGGAGAGGGUGAGCCUCUCCUACCCGUCCAUUCUGGAGCAGCAAAUAUUGACGCUGGACAGAGAAAUGCUGGACAUGCUUUCCACUACGUACAAUGAAGCAGGUACCACGUGUCUGGUCGCCUUGCUGUCUGACCAGGAGCUGACCGUCGCCAACGUCGGAGACUCUCGCGGAGUUCUUUGCGAUAAAGACGGCAACGCCGUCCCUUUAUCGCAGGACCACAAACCCUAUCAGCUCAAAGAACGCAAGAGAAUCAAGAAAGCCGGUGGUUUCAUCAGUUUCAACGGUUCCUGGCGCGUCCAGGGCAUCUUGGCCAUGUCCCGCUCCCUGGGCGAUUACCCUCUGAAGAACCUCAACGUGGUCAUCCCGGAUCCCGACGUCAUGUCCUUCGACCUCAACAAGCUGCAGCCCCAGUUCAUGAUCCUGGCGUCGGACGGCCUGUGGGACACCUUCAGCAACGAAGAGGCCGUCCGCUUCAUCAGGGAGCGACUGGAUGAGCCGCACUUCGGAGCCAAGAGCAUCGUCCUGCAGUCCUACUACCGCGGCUGCCCCGACAACAUCACCGUCAUGGUGGUCAAGUUUAAAAGCAAGUCCGGAGAAAAGUAGAUUUUCUGUCUGUCAAGCACAGUGUCAGUAAUAUGUUUGAAUAGAAGUGAGGCUUAAAAACACAGGAAAUCUGAAAACAAAAAGAAACAAAGAAAAACGCUUUUGGAGCAAGAACAAUUUCUAU